AUGGAUUACCGAGGGUUAAAUGCUGUCUCUACCACAAAUGCAUACCCCCUACCUCUCAUGAAGAAUCUCCUAACCGAGGUGGCUAAGGGGAAAAUCUUUUCUAAAUUAGACCUCAGAGAUGCCUACUUCCAAGUCCGCAUUAAAGCUGAGGAUGAGUAUAAGACUGCCUUUAACACUCUGUUGGGGCAGUUUGAUUAUCGGGUGAUGCCGUUUGGGCUCCAGGGGGCCCCUGGAGUCUUCAUGAACUUCAUCAAUGAAGUGUUGCACAAGAACCUGUUCAAGGGAGUGAUUGUUUACCUUGAUGAUAUUCUGAUUUAUUCCCCUGAUAAACCUUCCCACAUCAAGCUGGUGUGGGAGGUCCUCCAAAUGUUGCACAAGCACAAACUAUUGGUAAACUAUCCAAGUGUGAGUUUCAUUGCUCUGAGAUAG